AUGGCAGCCCCGGCCACCAAUGCAUCCGCCUCCACUGCCCCGAAGCGCCACACUCCACAUUCAGAGGCCUCAGGCCCCCUCCUCCUGGAGAAACCAGUUCAGUUGCCCCCCACUUUCCUCCAGGAUAGAAAAGAGGAGUCUCCCGCCUGGAAUGCUAGGGGCCCAGGUCCAGGCCUCCAGUCACCCAGCUUAGAGCCCUGUUCCACCUGCCAUGUCACAGGGGCCACUCAGGAGCCCUUGAGAGGUUUCGGUGGUCACCUGGGGAACACCUGGAGCAGCGGGAGCGACGUGCCGAGCCUGCGACACUCUAGCCGGGAGGAAUGCAGUGACGUCAGCCGGCUGAGCAGUGGGUACGCGGGGGAUGAGGAGAGCAGCGAGGUCAGCUUGUUGGGCAGCCGUCGAAUCGUGCAGUUGAACCGAAGGCUCCACAUCCAGGCAGGCGGCGCCCAGACCAGCCAGGUGUGCGCCACCUACUCCCCCAACCAGCUGAAGAGCCGGCUGGCCAGCCAAGCCGACAGCACCGUGCAGACUGGAGGGGAAAACUGA